UUCUGUCCGCGCUGCUGAGCGAUCGGGAUAAACUGCCCAUUGGUGUUCUGAAGCAAACGUGCUCACACAGCGUUACCCACUUCGUGUUGCAACGAGAGAUGGUCAACAAAAAGGAGUAAAAAUUACACAACCUUUCCUCCACAUUUUAAACAUUCACUCCAAGGGAAAUGCUCUGUGACAGUGGGAGUCUGUGAGCAGUGGGAGUGUGAAUUCCUCCUGCCCCUUGGCUCCUUCAGUUUUACAUCUUCGGUUCUUCACACACUUGAGCUGAGAUACUUGAAUCAGCGUUUUCCCUGUUACCAUUAAUGUUACAGAGCUGCCAGCAUCACAAGGGAUGACACUGCGUGUACCUACUCUGUGCUAUCUGGCUAUUGCUUUAAAAUCAAUCCUUUUUUGAAAAAUGCUUUAUACCUUGUAUCAUACAGAAGUUACCGGGUGGACAGUUUUGAAGGGUGGACAGAAAGCAAUGACGGGUGGGCUGGCAGACGCGCAUCUCUGGACUUUAAUUUAGUGCCCCAAAGUGACCCUACAAGAACGUCACUGCUCUCAUACAAUACCUCCUGUGCUUCCCACAUACAGGGACACUUCUUGUUUUUUACUCCAGUAUCUCUCUAAAACUUUGCAGCAUUACUGUCUAGUACAUAACAUUCUCACAAUAAGAUAUUUUAUUUUUUAGAUGCAGAGGCACUUGUGGCUGCAUAUGGAAGAUGUGAAAGAUGAUUCAUCAAAUAUUUAAAAAUUUUACUGAUAAUGUAAUAAAAACAAUGGAAAGUAUUGCUUCAGGCAGGCAGCGAUACCGAGCAUUGCUGCAGUUACUAACGUCGUCCACAAUAACUGCACAUAUAUAUUUUCAGUGCAGUUUAGCUUCGGCACUUAGCACAUUAGAACUGAUGGCUCACCAGCAGCCCGAGCUCUGCCCGUCGUGCGAGGGGCAGUGCGGUGCGGCGGGGCCGGGGAGCACUCUUGUCACUUGAGCCUCGCCAUGGGGGCUGUGGUGGUGGAUGAUGGUCCAUCUGGCGUUAAAGCCCCUGACGGGGGCUGGGGCUGGGCUGUCCUGUUCGGCUGUUUUAUCAUCACGGGAUUUUCCUAUGCCUUUCCAAAGGCAGUCAGCGUCUUCUUUAAAGAACUUAUCCGGGAAUUUGGCAUUGGAUAUAGUGACACUGCAUGGAUUUCCUCCAUUCUGUUGGCCAUGCUUUAUGGAACAGGUCCACUCUGCAGCGUGUGUGUCAAUCGCUUUGGCUGUCGCCCCGUCAUGCUGGUGGGCGGCCUGUUUGCCUCCAUGGGGAUGGUGAUUGCCUCCUUUUGCACGAGCAUUGUGCAGAUCUAUCUCACCGCGGGUGUGAUCACUGGUUUGGGUCUGGCACUGAACUUCCAGCCUUCACUCAUCAUGUUAAACCGCUACUUCGACAAGCGGCGGCCGCUGGCCAACGGGCUGUCUGCCGCGGGCAGCCCCGUGUUCCUCUGCGCGCUCUCUCCGCUGGGGCAGGUCCUGCAGCACGAGUACGGCUGGAGAGGAGGGUUCCUGAUACUGGGUGGGAUGCUGCUCAACUGCUGUGUCUGUGGAGCAUUAAUGAGACCGUUGGAGUCACCCAAAAAGUCAGAAGCUGCAAAAGAACCAGCUGAGAAGAAAGCGAAGAAAAAACUUCUGGAUUUCAGUGUGUUUAAAGAUGGUGGUUUUAUAGUCUACACACUAGCAGCAUCUAUAAUGGUGCUUGGCCUCUUCGUUCCCCCAGUUUUUGUUGUGAGUUAUGCCAAGGAUUUAGGGUACCAAGACACCAAAGCAGCUUUUCUUCUAACUAUUCUGGGAUUCAUUGAUAUCUUUGCUCGGCCCGUUUGUGGGAUGGUAGCUGGUCUUAAGUGGGUUAGACCACGCUGUGUCUACCUCUUCAGUUUUGCUAUGAUUUUCAAUGGCUUUACAGAUCUCAUGGGUUCCAUGUCUGUUGACUAUGGUGGCCUGGUGGUCUUUUGCAUUUUCUUUGGCAUUUCUUAUGGAAUGGUAGGUGCUCUUCAGUUUGAAGUUCUCAUGGCUAUUGUUGGUACUCAGAAGUUUUCCAGUGCCAUCGGUUUAGUGCUCCUGGCCGAAGCUGUGGCUGUUCUAAUUGGUCCACCAUCGGCAGGAAAACUCUUGGAUGCAACGGGGAGGUACAUGUUUGUUUUUAUUAUUGCUGGAAUUGAAGUUACCACCUCGGCACUUGUGUUGGCUUUGGGAAAUUUCUUCUGCAUCAAGAAGAAAUCAGACGAACCACAGACUAACGAAGCAGCAGCAGAAAGAGAGGAGCUGAACAAAUCUGAAGAGAAAGCUCCCGAGGACGCUAAGGUGGACUCUGUCGAGGUGGAGCAGUUCCUGAAAGAUGAGCCUGAGAAAAACGGUGAAGUUGUAACUAACCCAGAAACGUGUGUGUGAGCAGCACGGGCGGCCAGCCCAGCCUGUAGGAAAGGAAGAUUUUUCAACACUAUUUAUUUUAGAAAUAGAACUAGUUUAGGGCUGGGCUAUCUGCUUUAUUAAAUGGAGGCCAGUCAGCUCAUCAGGUCUCUCUGGAAGCUGAUUAGCUAGACAACCUUUUAUCGGAAAAUUAGCUUUAUCAGUAAAAGGUGGAGCAUUGUGGUUAUACUUUUUAUGUAAACAAAAAAGCUUUUCUAAACACAAACUGAGUCUUGCUAUGCAUCGCCAGAAACUGCUCACUUGGAAGAGAUACAGGAAGACUAUAUUUUAAGAAAAGUGGAAUUCUGUGUAUGUUUUCAGACAAUAUUAGUGAAAUCGCUGUAUUGUGUGGCUAAAGAUAACUUCCCUUUCUGUGUUCUUUGUGAAAGGGAAAGAGUUUGGGAUGGAGAAAAAUCUCAGGAACUUAAAGGUCUCCAUUAGUUUUUUUAUUUCUUACUUUUUUAGAUUAAUUGGCUCAGCCCUAAUUUAAUUUUGAUAGUAUCUGUUACUUCGAUUCAUGUAAAUGUGUUUCUGAGUUCUGUCUGAACACGUGAUGUCUGUAACCACCACCUGCGGGCGCUGCACGGGGGCGGCAGGCCCGUCCUGGGCGCGUCGCUCGGCGCGGGGCUGGGGCACCACCGAAAGGAAAGAGAACCAGCAGAACCCAUCCCGACAAGCCGAGCAAAGCUCGCCUGCCUUUGCCUGGCUGGUCACUGAAGAGCAGCGAGUGCACCAUGGGAGGAGAGGUACUACCUUCAGUAGAGUGUUCUGAGCACCCACGUUGUAUAUAAAAGAAACAGUAUAAGUUGCCAGAUAACGUAUGGAUCAGUGUGGGAUCCGUAAGUGUAGACUUAGGGAAGGGACUGGACUAUUUUGAAACAUGCUAGCCAUCUUUAAAAUGCAAUGUUAGCAAUAUAGGAAGGUCUUUUUUUUCCCUUUUUGCGUGCAUGCCUUGUUUAUUUUGAACUUGAUUAUUUUUUUCCUUUUCUUUCCCCAUUUUCCCCACUUCCGCAUCCUUUUGCUUAAUCCAUGGAAGUUCAAGGUGCCAUUCUUGCUUGCUGAGGAAACACGACGGAAUUGUUGACCGUGUUUCUGGCAGCAAUGCAUAAGGACCACUCAAGAACGGGGUCGGCCCUGCUAAUCACUGCACAGACACAGCAGGGUGUUUAAAUCCCUCUGACACGGGUGCGGGCGAAGGAGAAGCAGCAGGUGAGGUGAGGCAGUGACAGCACAGCUGAAGCAGCACAGAAAGGGAAAGAGAGUCAUUGUGAGGACACUGAAUAGAAAAGGAGGCAUUAUAUAGAUAUAUUUUUUUUUUCCACCCAAAAACAUUCAAGAAAUGUAAUCUUUUAUAAAAAAUCAUAUUCCUGCAACCCACCUUUUGGAUAUGUAUAUAAAAAGCUUUCCAGGUUUUGUGACUUCAGUAAAAGUCUUCAAAGCAGACUAAUUAUACCAGAUUCAGUCUUCUUGUUGGUAGCAAAGGAAUAUUGGCUUUCAGGUGCCAAAAUUGUUCUGUUUAAUAACUGAAAACUAAAAGACUGCAAUCCCUUAAAACCGUGUAUCCCUGCUAAAAAUAACAUCAUUAGUUGCUUCAUACUCGAGCAUUUUAACAGAAACAUACAGUAAAUCCGACACAGUGCUACAACCACGAGCCAUUCCCCAGUGGAAGUACCUCAGGCACCAGCUUCCGCUCUGGUCGUUUCUUCAGAACGGGUCUGCAGUGUCAGCGUGACCUUGUGCAGGCUGGAAGAGUUAGGAUUGUGACUUUUCUUUGAGUGAUUAAAAAUCAAAUAGAUUCUGCACUGAAUAAACUGUUUAUUUUUAUAUUGCA